AUGAGCGCCUCAUCGUCGUCGACCUCGGUCGAGCCGUGCACCGUGUGCGACCAGCCGGGCACCCUCUGCUGCGGCGCGUGCAAGCAAGCACGCUUCUGCUCGGCGAGAUGUCAGCGCAAAUUCUGGUGCGUGCACAAGGUCCUGUGCGGCCGCGACCCCGACGUGCUCUACUUGCCGCCACUGUCGCCCGACGAGCUCGACAACCUCGAUCGCAUCAAGGACGCCCCUGUCGUGCAGGGCCUGUCGACACGGACCGCGCUCACCCUGACGUACCUUGGCAUCGACUGGGCGACCUUCAUGACUUACGUGUCGUCGGCAGCGGCCGCGCCACCGAACGACGUCGGGCGCAACGAGCUCAUCAUGUUUGCCCAGCAUCACCUGUUCACGGCUCGAGCGCGCGGCGUCUUGCCCUCGAUCGGCAAGGGCACCGUCUGGUACAACUUUGGCCACCUCGCGUUCGGCCUGGUCGCCACGUGCAACGCCGAGGACAAGAAGCGCAAGCCGCCGCAGUGGAAUCCCUUCGAGGCGACCGUGCGACUCGGCGACGUGCUGCGUCGUCAACUCGUCACGUCGGCGGUCUGGCAAGCAGGACCCGAGUCGAGGACGCAAGACGUUGCGAUCCUGCGCACCUGCACGAGCCGGACCGUCGAGGCGGUCGAGCGCGCCGACAUUCCGCUCGGAGCGAAGAGCCAGCUCAAGGCGACGCUCGAGGCCAUCCUGGCGUGGGCCUCGUAG